UUCAUAACAGCAGAUUCGGUCUCUUUGCGCAGAGGCCAAUCUUGAAGCCUGCAGGGCUCGCUUUCCAGCGCAGAUCAGUCCAGCACUUAAUUCUAAUCAUUCAUUCCUUGCUGCUGUUUUCUGCAACACAAUAACUCUCCAUUUAGUACCCCCAUCCCCAUGGCCAGACCAUAUUCUAUCAUUACUUCAAUUUUAUGGAGAAGAAAAGCAAUCCAUAUGAUCUUCAUUAUGACUCAUAAAUUUACUUGAAAGCAGUAGAAGUUGACAAAUUCAGGCUGCUUCUUAAAGAAGAAACGAUUCAAUUUGUUGAGUAAUAUUAUUUAAAGGCCCGUUUUUUUCUUCUUUCUUCGACGGUGUGCUUAGAAACAGAUUUCUGGCAUUUGUAGACUCGUGGGUUGUAAGUUUUUUGAGAAAAUCCAAAGCAUAAAGGGAAAAGGGUUUGAAGAAAAUUAUAAAAGCUAGUGGAAAUAACACAGUCUUGGCAUUAUGAAGGCUUUUAGAUUCGUAUUAGUGUUCCUCAUGGUUGGGGCUACGGCUUUCAUGUACCUUGAUUACUCCCAUAAAAAGGGCAACUCCUCAAAUCCAGGUAUGGUUUUCACGGGCAGUUCAAAUGCGAUGGCAUCAUUAAUCAAAAGCCGGAAGCUCGAGGAUAACAGCCAUAGUACUCCAACACUUGAUGAAGUUUAUGCUGGUGACAUGAAUCUGGAAGAUUAUCGUCCUAUCGAUCCAGUUCCGAGUCCAAAGGCUAAAAUACAUCAUGGAACUAUCCUCCGGGGGCCGCAUGGCACGAUGCCAUAUAUCCCAAGGCCUGCUCCUUCUCCCCCGUCUAGUCACCCAAAGCACGGUGGCUUCCCUUAGCCAUUUCGUCUUUGAAUAAAACUAAAUGACCAGAGUUAAAGGCAAGUGGUGCCCCUGGAUUUGGCCCUGGCUUUAAGUCUGGCCAAACAGCACGGUUCUUCUUUUUUCGCCCUUCUUGAGAGCUAUACUAAAAUAAUGAAAUAUGUAAUAACUAGAUAGCUUGGAUAGGACUUCUUAUGCCAUCUUUCUAAUAUGUCAUAUUUUUGUAUUCUCAAUGGGGCAAAUGUGUGUUUACUAAUCUGGAAUGCAAUCUUAUUUGGCACCUAUAUAAUUUAUAAACACAAUCGA